GGUAUUCUGCGAUCUGCCUUUCACGAAGCCGAUUGGGGAUUCGCAGCAUCAGCAACGCGGUUUCCCCUCGCAGUUGAAGGAAGAAGGCGAAGCAAAGGAAAGAGGAAGAUGAGCGAGAAUAGGCCUGUGCCAAGGAGAGAGAGUCCAUGGGGGAUUUCCGAAGGAAAUCAUCGUGAGCCUAAGGCUCACCGAUGCAACGACCGAGCUGAGGAUGUCAUUCAGGCUUGCUUUGAGGGAAACCCAUUCAAGACAGUCCCAGGACCUUUCAAGCUCUUCUGGAAGUGCAUGCGCUCGAAACCUGGGGAAGAGCCAACAGAGCCUUAUACCUAUUUACAGUUGGAUCCUCCAAGCAGAGAUGUGAAACUUGAGUAGUGCAGCUUCUACAAAUGCCUCGAGAAUAAGUUUGGCCGUGAGUUUCUUUUGAGAUCUAUAAAUUUCAACUGCUACUUUACUGUGGAUGAAAAUUUUGAAGUAGUUCAGGGCACCAAUGUACCUAUUGUUCUCUUCACUUUCGCUGCAAAAUUGUUGAAUAAUCAGCAUGUAUUUUAGUAGACCAUGAGCAUUUGCAUCUCUCUUAUUUUAUUAAAUACAAAGAAGACCCCCUAGGCCUAUUUGUGAUUC